CAAAGGUUCCGAGACAUAAGUCGUGACUCCUGGUACCUGUUUGAGAAACUGGACUUUUCUCCUGAAACUUGGGGCUGGCCAAAAGAAAAAAAGAAAUGCAUCGACAGAACAAUGUUCAAAGAGGUCUUGAAACGCUGCCAUAAAUAUUUAAAAACAAUCGACUUAAACACGAACAUUCGCGAUGAAAAAGCCGACGAACUGGAAUUCUAUCACAUCCUACCAAGUCUUUCUAUUCAUUAUAUAUGCCAGUCGUGUCCCAACCUGCGUUGCCUUUAUAUGAGUCAGAUACAAAUUCACCACUCAAGAAUAUCGGCCAGCUAAAAAAUGAGGAAAUACAAACACACUUCUGGCUACUCCAGAGUCUGCCAUAUUAUUACUUCGCAAAUUAUCCAGGCCCUGAUUCAGCAUUCUGAAAAUUUCAACCACUUCAGUUUGAAUUUGCAGCGACAAAAUUAUAGCAGCGAUUGUAUCUCGAAUCUCAUAAGGAGAAUGAAGAAUCUAAAGAUGUUACAUCUUCAUUCUGGUAGCAAGCUUCCGGGAGAAAUUUUAGUGGGCUUGUCCUUCGAAACGAUCGAGGAAAUAUUUUUGGAGGAGUGUAACACUUUCUGGACUUCAGAGAAUGCCCAUCUUUUGAAUACUGUUCUUGAAAGUUGCAAUAAUUUUGCACACCUUUGUUCUGAUGAAUAGCAUACAAGAGGAAAACGUAGAUCUAUGCAGACUGGAGGACUUAAAGAAUUUGGGAAUAACUUACAAGAUGAGGGGCUCAAGUCAACUUACAUGCGUUUUGCAAUUGCAUAAUCUCCAAAGGCUGAAUAUUCAAGCCAAUAACAGUGUUGAUGAUCAGUUCAUUAAAGAAAUAUUUAAGAACUGUAGCCAACUUGUUUAUCUCAACAUCUUUCGUACGUAUACAAGUUAUUUUCUAUGAAUGCGAUUAAGAAUGGAAAACGAAUGGAAGUCAAGGACUUUCUUUUUAAAAAAUAUGAAUAACCAGGGUGGCGACUUCACCGGAAAAGACCGGGAAUUUAAUUCAAAAACUGGAAAUUUACUUCUGAUAGCACUAAAAUUCAAAUUUUCAUGAUUUUAAUAGUUUUGGUCAAUUUAGAAAAGUG